CGCACAGCACUAACAUAAGACAAAGAACACGAUGUCAUUCUUGUUUAUUCUGAUGGCUUGUACGGCACUUUGCUUUAUUGUGUCUCAUAUACAUGGUGCUCAUGACCAUACAAACUCCAAACCGCAUGCUACGGAUUAUAUGUUUGAUUUUCAAUAAUAUAAAAAUUAUGUCACUUCAUUACAUCGUCAAUUCAUAACACAACUUAUUAUUCUUGUGUGAACCUUGGAGGUUAUGGCAGCUUGACAUCAGUCAGCAGUUAUGAUUCUACCUGUUUCCCAGCUUCAUCUUACUUUAUACUGAUUCCUCCUUUUGGCUUAGCUCCUGAAUGGGUCUUCUCAGCAUCAUCAGAAAAAUCAAGCGCAAGGAAAAGGAGAUGCGGAUUCUCAUGGUUGGCCUGGACAACUCGGGUAAGACAACUAUUGUGCUCAAGAUAAAUGGAGAGGACACCAGUGUCAUUAGCCCUACACUUGGCUUUAAUAUCAAGACCAUCCAGUACCAAAAGUACUCGCUGAACAUAUGGGAUGUCGGGGGACAGAAGACCAUCCGUUCAUAUUGGAGGAACUACUUCGAGCAGACUGACGGCCUAGUUUGGGUGGUUGAUAGCUCUGAUGUCCGAAGGCUGGAUGAUUGUCGUGCUGAGCUCCACAAUCUCCUGAAAGAAGAGAGACUAGCUGGAUCAUCGUUGUUAGUGUUUGCAAAUAAACAAGACAUUCAGGGCGCUCUGAAGCCUGAUGAAAUCGCCAAGGUUCUGAACCUUGAAGUGAUGAACAAGGACCGGCACUGGAAGAUCGUGGGGUGCAGCGCCUACAGCGGCGAGGGUCUGCUCCAGGGUUUCGACUGGCUUGUCCAGGACAUCGCCUCACGCAUCUACGUCCUCGACUGAAACAAACAUAUCAGUA